GUCUGCGCAUUCUUCGGACAGCUGUCGUCCGCCAUUUUGUGAAUCGCAGAGUCGAAUUGAAUAUCAAGUUCCGGUUUCGUCUGCGACGAGAAUUAGUAUACGAGAAGACCGUAACAAUGAACUAUGCAAAACAGCUUUUAGGCUGUAGAGGUUUGCGUAACUUCUGGACCCAAAAGAAACUCGAUUUUGGAAGGUAUGCGUUAGUCGAACCAGGAAACGUGUCGCCAUUUAAACCGGUACCGGAAACCAUCGUAAAACCGGCUUACUAUGUGUCCGGCGAACCAACGCCGGGGCCGGCAGAGCCUGAAAUCAAAACUGAAAAACAAGUCAGCCGCAUGAGAGAUAGCUGUAAACUGGCCGCUAACAUUUUGAAGACGGUCGGCGAUUCCAUCAAGGUAGGCCAAACAACUGAUGACAUUGAUUGUUUGGUUCAUAAAUUGGCAAUUGAGAACAAUGCGUAUCCGUCCACGUUGAAUUACAGGAAUUUCCCAAAAUCCGUAUGCACAUCGGUCAAUAAUGUGGCCUGCCAUGGAAUUCCAGACGACAGGCCUUUAGAGGAUGGUGACAUAAUUAAUGUCGAUAUUACUGUACUCUAUAAUGGUUACCAUGGGGAUUGCUCGAAAACGUAUCUAGUGGGCAACGUUGACAAGGCAGGGCGGGAUCUAGUGCGCGCUUCCGAAAUAUGCCUGGAUGAGUCCAUAAAGCUUUGCAGGCCCGGCACAAAGUUCAACACGUUGGGCUGUUUCAUAGAACAAAGGGCGUACGAGCUGGGCUUCAAUAUAGUGCCCUGCUUCGCCGGCCACGGCAUCGGGAGCUAUUUCCACGGACCCCCCGACAUUUACCAUUUCACGAAUGACUUUAAGGGCGUCAUGUUAUCCGGGAUGACGUUCACGGUAGAGCCGAUCCUGACGCAAGGCCGCAGGGAAAUCGAGAUACAGGAAGACGAUUGGACGGCGGUGACGGUCGAUAAUGCACGGACUGCCCAAUUCGAGCACACGAUUCUCAUAACCGAAGACGGUCAUGAAAUAUUAACAUUACCUUCUUGAUAUCCGCCUGAAAUCAUAAAUGUAAAGUAAAUAAGCACAAAACUGAAUAAAAAUGAAAUAAGGAAAACUUCAUAAAGUAUUUAUAAUGGUAUUUACAGUGUACAAGUUUUUUUUUUCUUUUCUAUUUUUUCCAACUGUUACUGGGGAGCUCUCGUGAAAACAAGGUCUUAAUUUUCAUUAUUGUUGAUAUAUAUAUUUUUUUUUUGGCAAUAAUUCUUAAAUCAAAAAUUGGAAUGCAUAUAUUUCAUGCUGUAUUAUUAUUUCUGUGAGACUGUUUUCACCAUAGCUCUCUAGUCGUCCGCUUUUCUUUACAGGUAAUAUAUUUACAAAAGUGGGCAAAAAAAUGCUGACAUAUCGUAUGUACAAUUUUUUUUUUCUUGAAUUCCAUGGUGGUCAAUGUUGCCUAUUUGUUUUCUUUCUACUACGUUUCUACAGAUUUUCCUCACAUUAUCGCGCAUCUAGAUAUAUUAUAAAAAAUAUAAUUAUAUGUAUAUCAUUCUUUGUACUUAGUUACGAUAAGUGCCUUGAGGUAUAAAAUAUAUUGCAAUGUUUCAUUAUUGUAAUAUUUACACACAAGUUUUAGAA